AUGACCGAAGGCCUGAUGGGCCAUGGCUGCGGGGCGUCGAUCAUCGACGAGAGAUGGCUGCUCACCGCCGCGCAUUGCCUGCCCGGCAAUGAGUCAGAACACGCGCACUACAUCAGCGGCAGCCGCGCCCUUGUUGGCUCGAGCACUUAUCCACGUUUGGAGCAAGAUGCGCAACUCAUUGAGCUCGAAAGCCUGCACGGGCUCGUGACGCCCGACAUUGGUCUCAUUAAGCUCCAUGGCUACGUUGCCAAUUUUUAUACAAGUGCAACGCGUGGAUCUGCUUCCCGCCACGAGCUGUCUGCCGUCUGCCCGGGCGAUUCCGGAGGUCCAAUGGCCGUUCAUGUCCCGCAGCUGGAUGCCUACGUCCAGCAUAGCCUAGUGCAUGGCGUCGGCCCGGGCAAAUGUGGAAAUGUGGGACAAUUCACCAGCGGCCCCGAGCUGGCCAACUACUGCGACUGGAUCGACAACACGGUGGGAAAGAAGAUUUGCAUC